AUGAAGAAAGAAUUAAGCGACGACAAGAGCCUCACGGGUGGAGAUCCGCGAAAACUGGAAAUGCGAGCCAUACUGGAGGACCCGAUCGGGCAGAAGUACAUCGGCCAGUUCGCCAAGAAAGUCAUGACACAGGUGGGGAGCAUCCCUGCGAAAGAGCGAGCGAAGAUCAAGCACAUCAUCGAUGCCGGGAUGGUGGACAAAGCCGGGAACAAGAGCGGCAUCACGACGGACAUGUUCGACUUCUUCCGGAAGGCGGUGUUCAAGGAGAUGUUCUACAACACGUUCCAGAGGUUCUCCUCCUCUCCCGAGUACGCCCAGAUGCACGCCGACAUCAAGAACGCUUACAACAAGGCGAGAAUUGGCCGGGUCGUAUGUCCGGACGACUUCCUGUACAUCGAGAGGAUCGGCGAGGGAGGGUUCGGUCGGGUGGUGCAUGUCAAGAAGAAGACUACCCAGUCGCACUACGCAAUGAAGAUCCAGCUCAAGACGGCGCUGCUCGACACAUUCAACGAUGACCCUACCCGAAUCGACCAUGAGAGGGAUAAUGUGUCUCGAGCUUGUCACCGGGGGGGAUCUUCAGGUACAAUUGUCAGUAAUUCGUAUUUCAUCAAGGUCUUUCGCCGAUUCAAAACGAAGAAUAAGAGGAUGAUUCAGGUCGGAUGUCGAUCGCCGAACAACCCUUACAUCUGUACAGUCGUGACUCCGAUACAAGACGGUGGUGUGAGAAAAGUCCUCGACCCUCUUACAUCGGAGCCCCCUCGCGUGCCGGUGGAGUCGGUAACAACCGAUUUCGACUCUCUGAUACCGGACGCCCCUCUUAUAGGGCACCCUCGUAAACGGAGCCACGGCUGCGACAGACCGCGCUUCUGCUGUUUGACCAUACACGACUGGUGCUACUGUGCAUCCACACAGGAGGCGAUCGAUACGGCCCCGGAGGGAAGGAUCGAAGCAAAAAGGGUCCAGUUCUACUCGGCGGAAAUCAUUCUGGCGCUGGUGCAUUUGCACGACCUCGGGCUCAUGUACCGAGAUCUCAAGCCGUGCAACGUGCUCCUCAUGGGGGACGGGCAUGUCAAGUUGGCGGACAUGGGCGGGGUGGCGGAAUUUGCAGACGGCACCUGUUUAGAGACAAACAAGGAGAAGAAUCCCUUCACGGGGACGGAGAUAGGGUCGUUGCCGCAAGGUAAGUCCUCGAAGGACGGGCCUCCAACCCUCAACAACAAGCACCGCCGACGGAGCAUCAUGGGCACGCAAGGCUACAUGGCGCCGGAGAUGGUAAUCCUUCCAAAGCAGCCUCGAUCGGUCAGGGUGGGCUACUCAAACGCCGUGGACUACUGGUCCUUGGGCGUGACGGUGUUCAAGCUCUUGACGGGGAGUCGACCGUUUGACAGGCGGCGGUUUCAGGCUUUUGUUGACGACACGCGAUGCCGCAUGGGCUUGGAUCAGAAAAAAUACAACGAGCUUCUUGAUACCAUUUCGUGGCCGGAGUACGUGGGGUCGGAGGCGAGGAGUGUCAUCUCCGGGCUUUUGGCCUGCAAAGAGACGGAGCGAUUAGGGGGCACCCCGGACAACUUGCUCGCUGACACAUACGAUUGGUUCGUGGCCCCCACGGAUGAGGACCAAGCUUUCUUCAACUCGUGGGACUUCAUUAGCAUGCACACGCUCAAGAUUGAGCUGGGGAUCAGCAGCGAGAUGGCUGUACAUGACCAAAGCUUCAAGGUUCGGCAAUUACUGGGAAAUGAGCCAGAGAAGCGAAGAAGGAGCUUAAGGACGAAGAGAGGAAGCUCUUCAGGAAUCCCCAGUUUGAAGAAGGAAUAGUUGUAGCUGGACGUUUUUCAGUCGCAACGCCCGUCCUUCGCGGGCAGGCAGGAGAGAACGCGCGGGCGGGGGGGGGGGGGGGACUAGAGAUCUUGUUGUUCCCGCGCCAAUUGCAUCUGAUCUAUCGAGCAGAACUGGACAGACUUUUUCUUUUGAGGAUGGAUCAAGUGGCUAUGGACUUUUCGGUUGGGUCGUGGCUCUCCAUUUUUUUUUAACAUUCGUCUGUUCGUGCUUGUUUUGUGUCCACCCGUCAGUCCUGUGUGCACGGUGCCCACACUGACGCCGUUCGAAGAUUGGGAGAAACGUUGGCUUGUUUGUAUCCAAGGCCGGAGUUUUGUUCCUUGAGCCAUGAAACGGGCUCCUAAUCUAAUACCCUCUCCCGAACGUCACACACCCCGAGGUGUAGAUCAGUGUCACCAUCUAGAACACCAAGCGGUGCUGAGCCUCAACUCUUGCAGAGAGGUAGUGAGAUUUGGUUGUAGAUUUACGUGUGCAGGGAUAUUUACGUGUCCGUGUGGACAGAACGUGAAGGGUGUAGACUCUCUUUUGUAUUUCAAUGUCCCCAAAUGUGGACUGGUACAACUAGACGUAUACUUCGUAUCAAGUAGUACGCCAGUAGACGGAUAUUAAGUAGUGGCAUUGUAGCAUGACGUCGGCCCUGGCUACAUGUAUGGUAUUGAUACCAGUAUAAUAGUCACACACGCGACUGACGCACUUAAUUUGUACGAUUAG